CCUCCUCGCACGGCCAGGCGAAGCGGAGCCGGCCGUGCCGUGUGUGUAUGUGUUCGCGGGGCCCGGUCUCAGCCCCGGGAAGAUGGUGGCGGCGGCGGCGGCGAUUGAGGCGAGGCUGAGAAGGAGGACGGCGGCGACGGCAGCGCCCGCGAGCAGGAAGGGCGGGCUGGACCAGGACUUGGACGUGACCGGGGCUGGGAGGCCGGGGUUGGGGGCCGGGCUGCGUCUCCUAAGCCUGCUGUCGCCGUCACUGCCGCCACGCUUGCUGCUGCUGCUGUUGCUCUCGCCGCUGUUGCUGCUGCUACCCUGGGAGGCAGAGGCCGUGGCGGCAGCGGCGGCGGUGUCGGGCUCAGCCGCAGCCGAAGCCAAGGAAUGUGACCGGCCCUGUGUCAACGGCGGCCGCUGUAACCCUGGCACCGGCCAAUGCGUCUGCCCCUCCGGCUGGGUGGGCGAGCAAUGCCAGCACUGCGGGGGCCGCUUCAGACUAACUGGAUCUUCUGGGUUUGUAACAGAUGGACCUGGAAAUUAUAAAUAUAAAACGAAGUGCACGUGGCUCAUUGAAGGACAGCCAAAUAGAAUAAUGAGACUUCGUUUCAACCAUUUUGCUACAGAGUGUAGUUGGGACCAUUUAUAUGUUUAUGAUGGGGACUCAAUUUAUGCACCACUAAUUGCUGCCUUUAGUGGCCUCAUUGUUCCUGAGAGAGAUGGCAAUGAGACUGUCCCUGAGGUUGUUGCUACAUCGGGUUAUGCCCUGCUGCAUUUUUUUAGUGAUGCUGCUUAUAAUUUGACUGGAUUUAAUAUCACUUACAAUUUUGACAUGUGUCCAAAUAAUUGCUCAGGCCGAGGAGAAUGUAAGAUUAAUAACAACAGCAACGUUGUUGAGUGUGAAUGUUCAGAAAACUGGAAAGGUGAAGCGUGUGACAUUCCUUACUGUACAAACAACUGUGGUUUUCCUCAUCAAGGCGUCUGCAAUUCAAGUGAUGUCAGAGGAUGCUCCUGCUUCUCAGAGUGGCAGGGUCCUGGAUGUUCAAUUCCUGUGCCAGCUAAUCAGUCCUUUUGGACUCGAGAGGAAUAUUCUCACUUAAAGCUCCCCAGAGCCUCUCAUAAAGCUGUGGUCGAUGGAAAUAUAAUGUGGAUUGUUGGAGGAUAUAUGUUCAACCACUCAGAUUACAGCAUGGUUUUAGCGUAUGACCUUACUUCGAAGGAAUGGCUCCCACUAAACCGUUCUGUGAACAAUGUUGUUGUUAGAUACGGUCAUUCUUUGGCAUUGUAUAAGGAUAAAAUAUACAUGUAUGGAGGAAAAAUAGAUUCAACCGGAAAUGUGACCAAUGAGUUAAGAGUGUUUCAUAUUCAUAAUGAAUCAUGGGUAUUGUUGACCCCUAAGGCAAAGGAGCAGUAUGCAGUGGUUGGGCACUCAGCACACAUUGUUACCUUGAAAACUGGCCGAGUGGUUAUGCUGGUCAUAUUCGGUCACUGCCCACUCUACGGAUAUAUAAGCAAUGUGCAGGAGUAUGACUUGGAUAAGAACACGUGGAGUAUAUUACAUACCCAGGGUGCCCUUGUGCAAGGUGGCUAUGGCCACAGCAGUGUUUAUGAUCCCAGGACGAAGGCCCUGUACGUUCAUGGUGGCUACAAGGCUUUCAGUGCCAAUAAAUACCGGCUUGCAGAUGACCUGUACAGAUAUGAUGUGGACACUCAGAUGUGGACCAUUCUUAAGGACAGCCGAUUUUUCCGUUACUUGCACACAGCUGUGAUAGUGAGUGGAACCAUGCUGGUGUUUGGAGGAAAUACACACAAUGACACCUCCAUGAGCCAUGGAGCCAAAUGCUUCUCUUCAGAUUUCAUGGCUUAUGACAUUGCUUGUGAUCGCUGGUCAGUACUUCCCAGACCUGAUCUCCACCAUGAUGUCAACAGAUUUGGCCAUUCAGCAGUCUUACAUAACAGCACCAUGUAUGUGUUUGGUGGUUUCAACAGUCUCCUCCUCAGUGAUGUCUUAGUCUUCACAUCCGAGCAGUGCGGAGCACACCUCAGUGAAGCUGCUUGUGUAGCAGCAGGACCUGGUAUCCGGUGUGUGUGGGACACAGGGUCGUCUCAUUGUAUCUCCUGGGAGUUGGCAACUGAAGAGCAAGCACAAAAGUUAAAAUCAGAAUGUUUUUCCAAAAGAACUCUUGACCAUGACAGAUGUGACCAGCACACGGAUUGUUACAGCUGCACGGCCAACACCAAUGACUGCCACUGGUGCAAUGACCAUUGUGUCCCUAGGAACCACAGCUGCCCAGAAGGCCAGAUCUCCAUUUCCAGGUAUGAGAUUUGCCCCAAAGAUAACCCCAUGUACUACUGUAACAAGAAGACCAGCUGUAGGAGCUGUGCCCUGGACCAGAACUGCCAAUGGGAGCCCAGGAAUCAGGAAUGCAUCGCCUUGCCUGAAAAUAUCUGUGGCACUAGCUGGCAUUUGGUUGGAAACUCAUGUUUGAAAAUUACUACUGCCAAAGAGAAUUACGACAAUGCUAAAUUGUCCUGUAGGAACCAUAAUGCCUUUUUGGCUUCCCUCACAACCCAGAAGAAGGUGGAAUUUGUCCUUAAGCAGCUGCGAAUAAUGCAGUCAUCACAGAGCAUGUCCAAGCUCACCUUAACCCCAUGGGUUGGCCUUCGGAAGAUCAAUGUGUCCUACUGGUGCUGGGAAGAUAUGUCUCCAUUUACAAAUAGUUUGCUACAGUGGAUGCCAUCUGAGCCCAGCGAUGCUGGCUUCUGUGGAAUUUUGUCAGAGCCCAGUACGCGGGGAUUGAAGGCUGCAACCUGCAUCAACCCACUCAAUGGCAGUGUGUGUGAAAGACCUGCGAACCACAGUGCAAAGCAGUGCCGGAUGCCAUGUGCCCUGCGGACGGCAUGUGGGGAGUGCACCAGCAGCAGCUCCGAGUGCAUGUGGUGCAGCAACAUGAAGCAGUGUGUGGACUCCAAUGCCUACGUGGCCUCCUUCCCUUUCGGCCAGUGUAUGGAGUGGUAUACGAUGAGCAGCUGCCCCCCUGAAAAUUGUUCAGGUUACUGUACCUGCAGUCAUUGCUUGGAGCAGCCGGGCUGUGGCUGGUGUACUGAUCCUAGCAAUACUGGGAAGGGGAAAUGCAUUGAGGGUUCCUAUAAAGGACCAGUGAAGAUACCUUCCCAGGCCUCUACCGGAAAUGCCUAUCCACAGCCUCUUCUGAAUUCCAGCAUGUGUCUGGAGGACAGCAGAUACAACUGGUCUUUCAUUCACUGUCCAGCUUGCCAGUGUAAUGGCCACAGCAAAUGCAUCAACCAGAGUAUCUGUGAGAAGUGUGAAAACCUGACCACGGGCAAGCACUGCGAGACCUGCAUAUCUGGCUUCUAUGGUGAUCCCACCAAUGGAGGCAAAUGCCAGCCAUGCAAGUGCAAUGGGCACGCAUCACUGUGCAACACCAACUCGGGCAAGUGCUUCUGCACCACCAAAGGCGUCAAGGGGGAUGAAUGCCACCUGUGUGAGGUAGAAAAUCGAUACCAGGGAAACCCUCUCAAAGGAACAUGCUAUUAUACUCUUCUUAUUGACUAUCAGUUCACUUUUAGCCUGUCCCAGGAAGAUGACCGCUAUUACACAGCCAUCAAUUUUGUGGCUACUCCCGAUGAACAAAACAGGGAUUUGGACAUGUUCAUCAAUGCCUCCAAAAACUUCAACCUCAACAUCACCUGGGCUGCCAGCUUCUCAGCUGGAACCCAGGCUGGAGAAGAGAUGCCUGUUGCUUCAAAAACCAACAUUAAGGAGUACAAAGAUAGCUUUUCUAAUGAGAAGUUUGAUUUUCGCAACCAUCCAAAUAUCACUUUCUUUGUUUAUGUCAGUAAUUUCACCUGGCCCAUCAAAAUUCAGAUUGCCUUCUCCCAGCACAGCAAUUUCAUGGACCUGGUACAGUUCUUCGUGACUUUCUUCAGUUGUUUCCUCUCUUUGCUCUUGGUGGCUGCUGUGGUUUGGAAGAUUAAACAAAGUUGUUGGGCCUCCAGGCGUAGAGAGCAACUUCUUCGAGAGAUGCAGCAGAUGGCCAGCCGUCCCUUUGCCUCUGUAAAUGUUGCCUUGGAAACAGAUGAAGAGCCUCCUGAUCUUAUUGGGGGGAGUAUAAAGACUGUUCCCAAGCCCAUUGCUCUGGAGCCAUGUUUUGGCAACAAAGCCGCAGUCCUCUCUGUGUUUGUGAGACUCCCUCGAGGCUUAGGUGGAAUCCCUCCUCCUGGGCAGUCAGGUCUUGCCGUGGCCAGCGCCUUGGUGGACAUUUCUCAGCAGAUGCCCAUAGUGUACAAGGAGAAAUCAGGAGCGGUGAGAAACCGGAAGCAGCAGCCCCCUGCACAGCCUGGAACCUGCAUUUGAUGCUGGGGCCAGAGACUCUCCCAUGCAUACAGGGGCAUGGCCAUGGCCAACCGGAGCCCUCUGCAGGGGAGGGAGCAGGCAAGGAAGUGGUGGUGCGGUUCGGGGCAGAAAACUGGAAACCUUUGACGCAUCUGACUCAUCUGCAUGAUCACAAGCUUUCUUUGACGGUUUCUCCCAUCUGUGUCCAGCAUCUAACCUUUUACUUUUGCAUAGGAAACAAUAGAUUUAAUUACAGGUCCAGGAAUGACCCGCUGUGGCUGGAGGAGGCCAGAGUAGAGCCAGUGUAGAGCUAGGAAUGAUGCCCAGGUUCAGUUGUGGGAACUCUUCUUGGGACUGUCUCAACUGUAGAAAAUGAAAGAUGAAGUGUUUGCAAGCAGACUAAGGUCGUUAGCUCUUCAACAUGGUCUUUUAAACACCAGUCAGAUGCAUUAACUUGUUUUCAUCUGAAGCCUGCUGUCUUUUUAACAGAUUCGCUGUUUACUCUCAAUUUCAGCAGAUAUCUUGUUUCCAGAAAAUAGCUUUUUUCUAGUUGAUGAUUAAUAAUGGUCCAUCUCUUUUAAAUCAUAUCAAACUAGGAUACAAGGGGCUAUUUUAAAUGUCAAGGUCAGCAGUGUUACUUAGAAUGUAAAUGGAUGUAAUAGGUAGUUUUCUAUGGCGACUUGAUUUAGUCUUAGUCCAUUGAAAUUCUCUCUUCCUGUCUCUCUCUCUCUCUCUCUCUCUCUCUCUCUCUCUCUCUCUCCUCUCCCCUCCCCCUCCCUCCUUCUCUCUCUCUCACACACACACAUGCACACACACACACACACACUAAGUGCCUAGACUUUAAAUAGAUCUAGCAAUUGGAAAGUUAGUAAGCCUAAGUUUUUACAUAAUUGCAUUCCUACAUUCUUGUAAAAUUUAAACGGCUACCAUUGGCAGUCUGCUCUUUUUCUAGAAUCUAAUUUGCAGCCAGGAAAGAAUUUUGUCACCCCACGGAACACUUGACCUAGCAGCAAGGACUGAGGAAAUCGGAAAUGAACUAACUGAAAGCACCUGUUUUUAUUGUUCUGGAAAAGGACACUGUCAAGAAAGCGCAGUCCUAUGUACCACCUGCCCCUGCCCAGUAUCACUCUAAGCCUGAUAUUUGAUCAGCCCUCUGGCCUCCUCCUGCUAAGGCGUCACAGAUGAAGAGACUUGUCACAUGUCUCCUUUGAGCAGAAAAAUCGCACUGAGUACUCUUGGGAUACCUGGGUCAAAGGGCAGUUCUGUGUUCCUGUAGCCUUCUCUGAACCUGUGGGUCAUCGUGGGGAUAGAGUGGACAUCAGGAGGACAGCCCCUCUGCCCAGAGCCUUGAGAAGGACCUGGAACUGUCUGCCCUUUCUCCCCCAGGCAUGUCUCAGUCCACCCAUCCUCCUCCCAGACCAAGCCAGUGGCUGUGACGAGGGCAGUGAAUGCUGAUAAGGAUGAAAAGCACAUGGGAAAAAUGGACAAGAACCAAAUUUAAGAGGGGUGGGACAGUCCCCUGCUCUCCCACAGGGCCAGCCUGGGUAUUAGGUUUCCCCAUUUAUGGUGCUCUGUAUUCCGGCAUUAUGCAGCAGCCUCCCACAGUCUCUCUUCUGCUUGAAAACCUGCAACUCUGGUAUUAUUGGAUUGGGAUCAUCCUCUGGACAGCAGUGCUCAAGUUUGUGAAUUAGGAGAAAUUAACACUCAAAAGAGUAAAAACUGCGGCAUUUCACCUUUAAAAGCAGUGCCUGAAGAGGGAGUUUUUUCUCUAAUACAACACUAACCCCACUCCCACGAAGAAGCUCUUGGAAAGAUGUUUCCAAGAAAGUUGAACCAUAAAACACUGAUGCACAAACACCUCUACUGUGAGACUCACCUCUCAAAAAGCUUUUUCACAUCAUUGUUAAAGAGCAGACAGUUCUAGAAAAGACCCUGUGUUAGGAGCUCCCACAUCCCUACCAGAACACAGCACCUGUAGAGCACCUGCAGUGGCUUGGCCCUUCCCUCCCUAUAACUACCAGAAGGCAUCAUGGCGAAAAGAGGGAAGCCACUAGGGUCUCUCCUACAAGGAAGAUACUCCUGGUUUGUUCAAAGGACCAAACUCCAUUGGCCAAAGAAGUCUCUUUGCCAUGGUAGUCCUUAAAAUGUGCACCGUGAUCCCCAGCCACCUGAUUAUGUCAUUUUUUUUCCCCUAAAAGAUAAUGUUUAUUUUUUAAAAGAAAGAAGCAAAUGAAGUUUAAUUUUGCUCCAGCAAUGGAGAAACAGCUGCUUCCACCUGCUUUUCCUUUGCAGCUGACAACAUGCAACUUCCUCCAGGCUCGGGGCAGACGGAGUGGCCCGGAGGAAGAGUGCGUAGCUCAGAGCCAGUUCCCAGAGGAAGUGGGUCACCUGGUAACUUCACCUGUCACAGGAGAGCCUGUACAUAAAACACUCACAAAAACAUGCACUUGUACAUAACUAUACAGUAGUGUUCAGAAUGCUCAGACAUUCAGAGUGUACAUAAGACAAAAAAACGUAAUGUAUUUUUAUUAAAUGUAACAUCUGAGUUUCACCUGAUAGGUUUCUGUGCCAUAUACUGGGUAUCCAAGCUCUAGGAAGUCCUCUCAUCAGACUCUGAUUCAUUCAUAACAAGGCCAAGAAUUACACCGCCUUGUGUUAAUGUGUUCAGUUGCGUAUGAUAUGGAUUAGAUAACUCAAAGACUCAUCUGUCAGAAUGCCUAGGAAGAGAGUAGGGCAUGGUGGUGUAUGCCUGUGAUCCCAGCACUCAGGAAGCUGAGGCAGGAAGAUCAAGUGUUCAAGGUCAGCCUGUGCUACUUAGUGAGACCCUGUCAAAAAAAGAAAAAACACCUACUAAGAGUCAGGCAGUGAGUCUGUUUACACAGCAUUAUGCAAAGGGACUUGGGAAGUAAGGGUCCACCACUGUUGGCUCUACAAGGUCCUUGUGAAUCUUAAGCCUUUUGGUACUCUGAGGCCCAAGAGAGACUCUGAGACCAGUCACAUCCUGAGACAGGUUUCUCUAGUCUUUAAGUUCAAACACUAUAACCUGUGGACAUCAGACUUUCCAAAAAGAGGUUCUCCAGGCUGCCUUUUUUUGUGGCUUUAUCUAAAAAUUUUAAUGACUACUUCUGAGAACCAUAAUUCUUUUAUACUGAAAACUGGGAAUGGGGGAAGAGAGGCUCAAUUGGUGAAUAGCUCCAUUUCCCUGUAAUGAUCUCACACUGGCCUCCUGUCCACCUCUUACCUCUCCCUACACAGUCUGGGGAGGGGCCUGUGAUUCCCUCUGAGUGUCACCUGUAAGGAGCAAGGAGGUAUAUAGAAAGAAGGCAGCCCAUACUCCGCUGAGCUAGCCUGGAAGAAGGCUGUUACAAAUAGGAAAAUACUAGAAUGUCAUGUGUAUGUCCUGAAGUACAAGAUUAGAUAUGCACUGGGAAAUCAGGCAAAUAAGAACACAUUCUGGGUAGGAAAAGACAUUUUGCCUACUAGUGCCCAUCUUGCUCCUUUAAUUUAAUGAAGUAUAGGGGGGUUGGGGAGGUGUUUUACUUCCUUGGGAGAUGGUGUUUUCCUGAACACCUUUGAUCCUUCCUUUCCUCCAUGGAUUCAUCCAUUCAUUCAACAAAUAGUUACUUAACACUUACUAACAAAGUUAGUAAGUAACAAGAUGAAAAAGUAGCUCUUUUGAAUUAUAGCAAGGUCCAACGCCUCACAGCCCAUCAUCCUGGAGGAUUCCUUGUGGGGUUUCUGUGAAAAGUGCCAUCCUGAGGGCAGAACCAGAAGGGCAGAGGCCUCCUGUCCUUGGUGUGGGCCCUGGUUCCCCUGCGGAAAUCUGAAAUGUUUACUCUGGUGACCAACCUGUAUGGUCUCCAACCAUGCAGACCCCAGGACGGCUUCUGGAUAGAGGCCUCACCCCUAGCAGAGCCAAGCCACGAGUUCACAUGCCCAGCCUGCAGGGAGCCCUCUCUGGAGUGCAGAGGGAAACUGGCCCUUCUCUUCCAAAGGCAAUAAUGGAGUUGACUCUCAGUAACUGAAUCUGUGCACAAAACAUUCUGAAUACUAGUGAAGCCUGUUUCGUUGAACUGAUUCUGGCUCUUGGAAAUGGUUUUGUUUUGUUGUUAUUUACGGUUUCAUUUGUUUGGAUUCGAGCUUAGUUUGUUAAUAUGUAUAAUUCAGCGUCUGUUGCACUCGUGUAAAUAAGGAGUAGGUGUUGUAAACUAUGGUGUUAUACAUACAUUUAGGACUGCGAUUUUUGGAAUUUUUUGUAUUGUAAAAUAACAGCUAAUUUAAGCAAGAACAAGAAAAUUAAGGGAGGUCUGUGCAUUUUAAACACAAAUGUGAAGCACCUGUAUAUAAACAGAAGUAAAUACUAUAAUACAAACUUCCUUCUGAAAUAAAAGUAGAU